UUCUCAAACAUGAAGAGACAGGCUUUCCUGGGAAGACAUUUUCAGUUUUGCUCCAUGAAAUUCAUGCUGUUCUUUUUUCUGUCAAGUCUUGUUAUCCAAGGUAGGUCAUAGAAGUCUUAAUCAGGAGAAAUCGGCUCCUGCAUUAACAUAUUUUAAUAUGCGUCAUGAUAUACCGGAGCCGAGAAGUAAGUUAAGAAGUAUGAGUUUAUCAGUUUUGUGGUUUGCUCUGUAUUCGCCAGUAUAAUUUUAGUUUCAUGGAGUUGAAACAACGAAUUCCUGACCCUAUUUCCUUGCUUUUUGCCCAUGAAAAGGCCAGUCUGUGUUAGCCUUAGGGCCUGGAAAAAGUGGCAAAGAAUCCAUAAAUCUGGUAAAAAUUGUAAGUGCAUUUUCCGGAGUAAUACAAUUGUUAUUGUUAACAUGUCACAGGCUUUUACUUAUAAAAAAACUGUAAAAGUUAAUGAAUUAAAAAAGAAUUGUUGAAACUCUGUAUGCCGGGUCUUUCAGACGAAAUCAAAGUUGCUAACCUGACGAUUUGUUGUGAAACGCGCGACGAAGCUGACGUCCGCUACUAUCCAUGGUCAAGACAUUUAUGAUCUACUUUAUUUUGCCUACUGAAGAGGAGAACAAAUACAAUUUUUGAAAAAGGUCAACAAAGAACCAGAUUUUAAGAUACACUACAUAAGUUUUGUCUGUAAGGAACGAUGUUUGGAUUUUGGGCUUGGCUGUGUGAAUUUUUGUUCGCUAACAGAAACUGAACACGUAUGCUCAAUUAAGCCCUUCGAGCCCAGACAAGUUAUCGGGGGACGAUUCUAUCACUUUAAAUUAAAAUCUGUGGACCAAAUUCUAUGAUGUUACCAAUAUGAACUGUCUUCUUUGACAUAACGUUUGCAUGGUGACGUAAAUCAAUUUUCUUGGGAGUUUAAAAAUUUUUUUCAUAUUCGAUUUUCCACUAUUCAUUUGGAAUGAAGAGAUAAUUUGAGUUGUAAAUUGUAGGAAGUUUUACUGUCGAUCGAAGUGAUUGCAUAAAAGAUAUCAGACAGUACGGUAUUGCAGCUAUGUAGAGUUUUGCAACAUAUGCUUUUAUAGAUCGUUCUGGAUCAAAUAGGCCCACGUGUGCGACAUGCACAACAAUUUCGCAAGACUCCUUUGUGAGAUAUUUUCUUAUCUUUGAUAAGUUCCUAAGACGAUAAAACUUUACAAGGCGAAGAUAAAAGUAACAGAAGAUGACGAGAGGAGCAUUCAAACAUAGCAUUGUUAAACGUAUUUCAGUACUUAAAAGGUAGAUAUAGGCAUAUUUUAUCCCUUAAAAUUUUUUCAUCUGUUCGGAUUUUCUAGCUGAAAGUCUAGUGAUCCGAAAUUAUAGCGAUCAAAACUUACCAUUUUAGGUGACCUUUUUAAGAUACAAAUCCGUUAAAAAUGGGCAAUUAUACCAUCUUUUAGAUGUUCGAAAAUCCUAGGAGAGGCAGGCAAGCAAGAAAUUUUACAAGAAAUGUUCCGAAAAUUCUAGAUCUCAAAUCGUCUUCCGAACAGAUAUAUUCUCCAAAAAUUGACAUUGGGUGCCCCUGAUAUGCACGUGAUAGACAGUAUCAGCAACGGUUGUUUUUGCUCCCACCGGGGAGCUCGUAUUAGGACGCCAAAACAUGCACAGCCAUGGGUAUUUUUCACUCCAUGCGCAUACCAAGUGGUAAUUAACAUAUUAUAUUAAAUUUUUCCGAGCUCAAAUUUCAGCAAUUUUUGAGGAUUUUUUUAAGAUCUGCAUAAAAGGUUUCCGUGCAGAGAAACCUUGCAGAGAUGUUAUCCCCAAAAAGUAAAAUAUAACUCCACAGUCAAAAUUAUAAUAUAGUUUUGCUAAUAAAUCGCAAGAGUAUAAUAACCGCACGCACGAGGUACCCUAGCCCCCACCUCCUCAAAUGAUAGAUAUUCUAGGCAAUAUUCGCUUCUCACGAAACAGAUGUUUUAUAGGAAACAGUCGUUGAGUACCCCUAACUCGGUGGGGGGUUUAUGUCUUGGUUUCACUAAACCUACACGCGGUUGCUAUCGCCAAGAAGCUACAAACCAAUCAAAAACUAAAAACACUGGUUUGACGGCAAACCCAAACAAAGACUUAAAAAGAACUUAAAUAGCCAAGGUCAGCAAAGUGUAAGUCAAACAUUUUGCAAGGCCAAAGUAACAAGAAUGCUCAAAAUACACAGUACUGAUUGGCGAUGUAAGCAUGAAUUACGUACGAGAAAAUCAAAGAUUAAAACAGGAAAGCAUGGAUGAAAUCUUGACAACCUUGACCGCUGAUCGGCUCCUGCCCUGACCUGCUUGAUGAAACAAGCACGAACUUAAAAAACCAACAACAACAAAAAUAAUUUUUUGAUAACUCCCGUUGAGGCUUUGUGUUGGAGACCGAACUAUCGGGCAAAUACACUUUACCAUUUGAAUUUUCUUUAUAUAUCUUCUUCUAUAACUCUUCUUGCUGUAAGGAUCAGUUUACUGCAGUUUUUCUACUUGGGAAGUGUUCACUGAUCCAGUUCACCCCGCCAACAUCCGGCCGGCUGUCCUCACUCAGUGGUUUGAUGCUGUGGUUUUGUCUACAUACCGUUUUUAUUCGAACAAGCGCCCAAACUCGAAUUUGCGCCCACCUCGAAUAAGCGCCCACCCCAACCCCACCCAAACCCCUCCUUCUGUACCUGCUUCUCGGGUGACUAACCCAUUUACAAACGUUACGAUUUCAGACAUCGAGCUAGGAGGCAGCACCAGAGAAUUCACUUACUGACUUGAGUAACGAGGGGACUGAAAUUAGAAUUGAAUUAGUACCAAUAGGGGACUUUCCCGAAGUUGGAGUUUUCUUCAGCGUAUUUUAAGGAAACCUUGUUUGUUUAUAUACAUCUUCGCGUUGUGUUUCAAAAUAAACAUGCUACACUUGCUGAAAAUGGUAAAAAUUUAAUAAGCGUACGGCCUCGAAUAAGAGCCCACUCUCAAAGUCCAAAAAUUUAAUAAGCGUACAGGGCAGUUAAUCGAAUAAAUACGGUAAUUGUUUAUGAGGAUCUACAGCAAUGAAGUGAAUAACCGUUUUAAAAAAAUGCGAUAAAAUCUGUUAGACUUCAAAAAAGCUAUCUGCCUUGUUGAUCAGUUGGAAAAAAUACUUCUAUCAAGAAAUUCUCCUCAAAAGAUUCGUCCACAAGUAGACCACUUUUAAACACCUAUCCCGCCUCAUUGGGCCCUGACAAUUAAUUCAGGAAUGUUCUGCCAGCAUAAGUGGACUUUAGUUGGCCCUAAUCAGUAAUCCUAAACAAAAAGAGCUAACAGAAAGCUUCAGUGCAUUCCAUUUAAAUAAAUGGUCCGAGCAAAUAGUAACUAAAUAGUACCAUGUGAAAGAGAUGCUGAGGAGGUUUUAUUUGAAUGGUUACACCAUGGCGACACCAUCCAUAACCUGCAGGGUCUGACUCAAAAGUUAGAGCUGCAUACUAAAAUAAAUAGAACCAUGUGAAAGUCGCUAAAGAGCUUUUUCAAUUGAAUGGUAACACCAUAGGAUUUCAUCCACAGUCAAAAGUUAGAACUGCAUACUAAAUAGAUAGUACCAUGUGGAAAUACUGCUGAAGAGGCUUCAUUUGAAUGGUUACACCAUAGGAUUUCAUCCACAAACUCAAAAGUUAGAACUACAUACUAAAUAAUAUAAAUAGUACCAUGUGAAAGUACUGCUGCUGUCAGUUAAUAUUCUGCAAAGAAAUGUUUUAACGCUUUUUUAUCAACAGACGUCUUGCCUGCAAGCAUCAAGAGUUGUGAACUACGAGCUUCCUGCUCAAGUGAGUGUCAAGACUCCACUCAGAAGACAGUCACGGUGAAUCCGAGCUCUAACGCAACUGUAGGGUGCUCGAUCAUGAAUAAAGGAUCAACACAAGACUUGACCUGGGAACAAGUUAGACGAAAGAUUCAUGGCAGCAACAAUGUGUAUGAUCUGGUUCUACAGCAGCAGCAGAAUCCACAUUGUUCGUGCACUCAGAUAACCCUCGCUCGUAAGUACAACUUUCUCAUUCGUGCCUGACGCAGAAAUCCUUGUCUAACGGCAGCCAUUUAUGACAGGAGUGGUAUAGGAAUGUUUUAGGCCUUUUGUGAGGUAGCCUCCCACGCAGGCGUUUUAUUUGUGAGGGGGAAUCUCAUUACAUUAACUCUGAUGACGUCAUAGAGUUUUGUCUUUAUAUCUGAUGAGUAAAAUGUACAGGAAUCUCAUCAUCUGCCAUCCCUUUUGGGAAAUCGGAAAAAGGAUUUGACAGGAGUCCCUGGAUUUGAUUAACGGUUCUUUUAAGAAGAACAGCGGACUUGAACGCGCACGCAUAAUUAGCAAAAGGAAGACCACUGUUCACGAAAAUAGUUUUGCAAAUCCUUUUUCGGGUUCAGUCCCAAUCUCUCGGAGCAGCUAACCAGAACAAAGGAUUUUGCUCAUCUUGGCUGGUCGCAUAGCCGGUCUUAUGACUGACACCCUGAGCGGAUAGAGAAAAAAAAAUGCGCGAAAACCGUGUGGGGGCUGUUGAGAAACGAGAGAGCGGGUAAGCGGCGAAAUAGUGAGUCCCGUCCCUCUCCAGCCCCCAACCAAUUUUAUUCGAUUCGCUUUCCCCACUAUCUAGGAGCCUGGAACAGGCUAGUGCCUGUCAGUCACAUACAUGUCAACUCUCCCGGCUCCCGGUCUUCCGUACAGGUCACCAAAUCUCCUGGAUAAAAUCGAGUUAUGAGCUUUUCUGUACUUUAAUUAUGAAUUUAUCCCAUUUUCUUCCAAAAUUCAAAUUUUCUCUGAUUCUUAAUUCGGUUUCUUGGGUAUUUCUGUGCGUAUUUCAUCAGUGACAAAGACUAUUUCGCCAUUACAAUCAUGUCCAUACUUCAUGUAAGACUUAAUAUAAUGUCUUAAGCCAUUCCCGUGUGAUAAGUUGGGGAUUGGAUCGAAUUAUGCUUAUGAGGGGCUCGGGGUCGGGAGGGGGGUGGUGAGGUGUGUUGUUGAUAUUCAGGGUGGGGGGGGGGGUAAUGCAAAAGAGAGAGUGUCCAGAGGUUGGCAUCUCUGCAGGCAUCAAGUGUGAAUAUAUUCCAUUUCCCUCAGGUCCAGUUCAGAGAGUUUUCAAGCCCAGUUCCCCAGUUUGGUUUAACGAGAAAAUUAAGUUAAACUGUACCUUCAAGGGAUGGCCUCGUCCUACUGUAGUUUGGAUCAACCCACAUGGUAACAAAAUCAAAAGUGGAUCUGACGGUUUUGAAAUCUACGAGGAACUAAUCGGAGACGACACGUUAAGUUCAGUUCUUAAGAAUCCUCACAUGCAAGAAAAACAACGCGGCGAAUAUUGGUGCACUGCAGAGAACAGCAUUGAUGGCUGGUCAAGUAAAUUGUCUAAGGUUACUGACCUGAUAUACGAAUGUAAGUAGCCUUAGUUGAUACUUAAAGGGGAAAUAUGUCUCGAGGAUAUUGUUUUAGAUCAAUUCUGCAGCAAUGAAGUCAAUUCUUAGUGCCUUUAACCAUACACAAAAUGCUGCGGUAGAGAUAUGAAGAAGAUCCCGGGGGGGGGAGACUCCGCAUAUGAAAGGGGUGGGGAUGCUCGUCGGAAAUUUUGAAGUAAACCCCUAAAGGAGACCGAUCUGGGCGUGGCCCAAGCUUUUUUUGACCCCUAAAAGAGACCAUGUUGAAACACAGACAAUAUAUAUAUUUUUAUAUUUUUUCACGUGCAACCCUAAACGAGACCUUCACGGCUAAAUAUGAUGGCGUUUUGCCCAGAACACCCUGAAUGAGACCAAAAUCCGAACUUUACACCCCUAAGCGAGACGACGAGCAUCCCCAGCCCUUAUCUCAAGAAUGUGAUGUUUAUCUGGGAAGUUUGAUAGUUUAACAGUAUCUUCGUCUUUUUAAUACGUUCAGGAAUUUGGCACCGAGAAAAGCUUCCGUAAAGAAGGGUUGACGAUAAAUGGGAGUUGAUGACUCGGGACAAAAGAAAAUGUCCGUUGUCGCUAUUAACCGGUUUCCGCAUUAUGGGAGUUAAUUUUAGAGAAAAUGAUGCAGAAGGCCUAAACGCAAGAAAGGACCGAACUUACGCGAAUUAGCCCCGCAGCACUUAUUAACUUUUUACUCCAAAAAUGCGGCGUUCAUUUGAGGAUGAUGCUAAAUACUAUGGUAAUACCGCUUAGUAACGUAUUUACGCAAAUAAGCCCCGCGGUGCUUAUUAAUUUUUCUCGCGCUUAUUCGAGUAAUCGCUGUAAUUGUUUACUUAAGAGUCAAGUUACAUUUAGGGCAAAUUGAUAUAACAUUUAGGACUUAAUUACAUUUAAGAAUAAAUGUUACUACAUUUGGGGUCGUUCAGUACAAUAAGCUUUUGGUCAAGACAAACUUGAAAACUGUCCGUUAUACACCGGUCGCCGUAGAGUGGGUUUCCACUGUAAUUUAUGCUACUUUGUGCAAUAUUUUUUUAGCUGUCGCUUAUUCAAUCAAUCCAUAGAUCAAUAGACUUUAUUUUAAGAGGGGAGCACGUGACAGUAGUGAAAGUGAUGACCUUGUGGCCCUCUAUAGAAUAAAACUUAACACAUAAAAAUUAGCAAUGACUUACACUAGAAAUAUUAUAACAUGCAAAACGAAAUAGAAAUAUCUAUUAAUUGGACAUCUUUCUAUAUAUCCAAUACUAUCAAUACUAUCAUAAAAUUAAGCAACAGACCACACUUUCUAUGGGUUUACCGGUGUGAUAACUCACGCGGGAUGUUGGGAGAUCACGAGAAAAGCUUGUAAAUCACAAGCUGAAGGCGAGUGAUUUACAAGCUUUUCGAGGGUUCUCCUAACAUUCCCAAUGGAUUAUCACGCCCCCUUAACCCAUAGAAAGUGCCGUCUAUUGCUUUUAUAAAAUAACUUUAAGUUUUCUAUGAGUUUACCGGCACAAUAAACCAUAGGUUUUUAACCAAUCAGAACGCGCGUACUAUCUCAGUUAUUUCAUAAUGAGUUAUUUGUAAGUGAUCAUGAGUUAUUCAAUGCUUAUUAUAUUUGGCUCAUUAUUCCAAACAGGUCCGUGGCCCAUAAACCCAAAGGUUUCUUCUUCCGAAGUUACGGCAGAUGCGUCUUCCAACAAGAGCUUCAAAUGCAUGAUUUACGUGGACCCGGACUAUUGUGCGGAUGUACUAGAGCUACAGUGGCGAUUCAACGACAGUUCAGCGCCAAUAAAAAGCGGGAAAAAGUAUAAAAUACAAGAGAAGAAUACCAACAGCAAGUGCAAAAAAGAGUUUACCCUGACUAUUAACGACGUCACUGUGGAGGACAAGGGAAAUUAUAGCUGUCAAUCAAUUUGCUACGAAGAAACCACAUUCGCUGUAUUUGAGUUAAAAGUAAAAGGUGAGACAUUAAGCAAAUUCUUAACUAACCAAGCGCCCUCAUUUGCUUAUUGAAGUCAUGUGCCAUCUUUGAAUGAGGCUGUUUCCCGCCAUAAGUCUUCUAGCAGGCAAUUCGUCCCAAGUAAGGCAAUCCAAGACAAUCUUGGCUUAUAGAUUCCACACCAUGGAUUCCGGAUAUCAGGUACUGGAUUUGCCUGAGAACUUGUACUCCAGAUUCCAAUCGAUCGUGGGAUUCCAGAUUCCUUUAGCUGUAUUCCGGAUUCCACAAUCUGGGAUUCCUGAUUUUACCAGCUAAAAUUUUCCGGAUUCCGAAUUCCACAAGCAAACAUUUCCCAGAUUCCGAAAUCUGAAUUCCCUUAUAUAGGGCGAUUAAGCAAUUUAAAAUAUGUGACGUCACGGGAAACGUCCAUUUAAUUUCUGUUAACGUUAAUUUCCGCGCCGUUACAUGUAAUUUACUGUAGCGUCAAUUUCCAUUAUUUUGACCCCAAUCUCUCAAUACCUUCUGGAAUUCUUGACAACUGAAAAAGAGGAGUACUUCUUGUUAGGAAAAGGUUCCGCCAGUAACAGUUAAACUGUGCAGAACUUGAAGUGGCCAGAUUUCUUCCCUUACUCCCUUCGUACGUGUAAGGAAAGAACCAACAACUUAAGUUUAACUAAUUGUUCCUGAUGUCUCAACAAGUUUUGUUUCUUUGUGAACGUCGCGUUAAUUUCCUUCAUUUUGAAAUGCUAUUUUCUCUUUCGCGUUCAUUUCUUUCAUUGGGAAGCCGUUUUCUACUAAAUUCGCGUUAAUUUCCAAUACCCUAAUUUCAUGGAGCGUUAAUUUCCUAUAAUGUAAGGUAUAUUGUUCGGUUAUGAUCGCCAGGGGGAGGAAUUUACAGCUGAUUUCAGUGCUGUGUAUACACCCUGAUUUUUAGACAUGAUUCGACGGUCAUGAUUCGACCGUCAUGAUUCGACCGAGAGGUUACCGACCAAUACAGUAUUAUACCUUGAAUAUCCUACAAGAAUCGAAGCACACAAUCUGAAAGUUACUUUAACGAUAGCUUGAAUGUUUCUCUUGUAAUUCAGAAAAAGAGGACUGUGAUCCAUAAUUUGUUCUCCUUUUCAGACGACGGCCUCUCAUACAAGUCACGCAAUCUAAUCGCAAUACAUGUUAUCGGUUGUGUGGACGACUUAUUCAAUAAGUUUUUCGGCUCUUUUCUCAACAUUUUUUGGGCUUCUACCUUGAUCUUUAAAGAAAUAUCAUAUUUUACCCUUUUUUAAUAAAAACAAAUGGUCGACAAAACAAAACUUUCAAACUCUCCAGCAAAUUCUUUCACAACGGCAGACUGAUCAAUUUAUCUGUCGAUUUUUUCUGCAAAAGUCAAGUUUUCCUGUCAUUUUUUAACCAUGAAGAAGCUAAGUAAGGACGAAAAAGUACCAACUUAAAGAAAUACAAAUUUGCCUCCCUGUUAACUAAAUUUGCGUCACUUUUACAUGUAUUUUGCGGGUGGUAUUCACCGACGGCAAAAUACCGAAACCUUGUCAUACGGAAGAAGACUAAACGAUAAACCAUCCGACUAUUUCGCUUUUCGCCGUAUUGAUAAUAUUUCGUCCAUUAUUAAAUCGCCUACAGAGAUACAUUCGAACUGGGCAAUCGAACUCCAGGUUUAUCACCGGAUCAGAUCGUAAUUUCAGUAUCAUGUCGCCGCUUCCCAGGCAAGAAAGCUUUCCUCUUCAGGUAAAACGCAUUUGUGGGGAUUCUAGCUUCGUUACACUAUGUCCUUUAGUGCUAAGCUUAAUUUCCUUGCCAGCCAGAUUUUUCUCUCACUGUUUUGGAUCCCACGGCAGAACUCUCAAUUACUGUACUUUUGCAACCGUUUACGUACUGCGAAGCGAUACGUCACGUGAUUAGUGUCGAAUCAUGACCGUCGAAUCAUGUCUGAGAAUCCGGGUAAUUGAUUACUCAUUACAUUAAACGGGGAUGGCAAAGUUGCUCUGUGGAAGAUGAUGGAUUGGAAUUAAGCAUGAAAGUAUACCAUCAGUAUACCAUCUGCAUGCAGUCUAAGAGAAAUCGUAGUACUUAAAAAAAUGACGUCCUUUAUAAUAAUACAGUCAACUCUUUUUAAGACGGACACCUUGGAGACCUACAGUAAGUGUCCGUCUUAGAGAGAUUUCCGUCUUAUAAAGAGUCAAAUAAAGGAAGUAAAGAAAGGCAGAGACCAACUCUAAGUGUCCGUUUUACAGAGGUGUCCGUCUUAUAGAGGUGUCCGUUAAGAGAGAGUAGACUGUUUAUUCCAAAGAAGUGGGCCUAUAAUGGAACCCCGGGGAACACCUUCCUUUACAAAUUUUCAGUCUGAUCAGUUACGAUCAAUCUUGACAUAUUGCACGACGUUGAAAAGCGAACGUUUAUUUUUACACUAGAACUCUUUGGGUUGUAUUAUAAGUAACUGGUCCAACGAGAAACCAAUUUAGUUUUUGUCAUUGAUUUCAAUGCCUACAGUUGCAGAGUUGCGAGGAACAUAGACUUAUUAAAGACCAUUGUGAACUCACAAAUAAAAUUGGAAUGUUAGAAUGAGGAGCAAUGAGAGUCGGAUGUACUCGCAAGCUACCGGUUUCGCGUUAGUUACGCGAAGGCCAUUUUCCUCUUUCGCCCGUUAGGUAAACAGAGGGUACGCACGUGGCCUGUCUUAUCAUAAUUUGCUAACUAACUAGGGGACUCAACAGGUUUACUGUACACAAAAUCUCAGAAAUCUCUGGCACACAAACUGACUCUUACACUGAUUUAUUUUUUUCAGGUGCUGAGGAGAUCUCGAUUAACGCUGUUUAGGCAGAAUUUUCACAGUUUAUGAAACACCAGGGGCUCAUUUCUGUUAAGUACCGAUAAUAAACGGGCCCGGGAAACAGUUGUUAUGAACAGUUAAGGUCGAGGUUUCAUGAGUUUUCGCUUUUUAGUGUUCU